CAUCAUGUGUUGUUGUCGUCGCCAUAUUGUGGCUAUGGCGAUUGCUGCUGUGUUGUUGUUUUCAUUUCACUAGAAAUUUGAAUCGUAUUUUAAACUGGAAAGAAAGUUAGUGUGAUCUUGCGGAAGAAAGGAGUUGAAUGUGUAAAAUAUAACUUUAGCCUUUUUGGUUAAUACCACAACUUAAACAAACGCUAUGGUUGAAGUCAAACCUAUUGACGUUUGUUGUAGUAGUCAGGAUCCGGCUUUCCCAGCUCUGAAUCUCGUCAGAGGUGCCUCGAAACCUAGUGAUGAGAGAAAACAAUGGUUGUGCUCCGCACCCGAUGAAAAAUUUGCCUAUGUUACUUUGACUUACGAAAAACCUUUUGUUAUUAGUAGUUUAGAAAUAAAAAAUAAUGGUUCCGCCUAUGUGCAAGUGGAAGGUGGCUCUUCGGCGGAACCUGGUAAUUAUAAGGUACUCUGGAAAACUCUUAAUCUUAUGACACCUACUGAAUCAAGAUUUGGAAUGGAGACUGAAGGAAUAUACCUUUUCCUUCCUCAAGAUCUGGCAACUGCAGACAAAGAUAAAAUGUGGGAUGUAUUAAAAAUUACAUGUUCUCAGCCCUUUAACAAAUUGCAAAAGUAUGGUUUGUCCCAUAUCAUAGCAAGAAGUGCUCUUCCUGUGAAGGUGGAAAUCCCUAGUUCACCCUCUCCCUGUGUUGGUGAUCUUCCUUUACCUGGUUUGAAACAAGAACCAGUUGAUGAAGGAAGGAGUAUUGCAGAAGCAAAUAAGCAGCAGGAGAAAACUGUCGAAAAUCAAAACCAAAUGAGUAGUGAAGUCUCCUCAAGUGGUUGUUCAGAGACAAGUACUCUCACUUCCCCAGUCAAACAAGAGAAUCCUUCUAAUAGUGAUACUUACUUCUCUUCCCCGGGAAGAUCUGAACCAUCUUCUUCUUCAGUACAGCAACAUGACUUGCAGUCUCCACCAGUAAAAUGUGAAGACCCACCUCCAGUCAUUGCUGAUUCACAGAUUCCACAAACAGAUUCUGCAGAAGAAGAGUUGCUAGCAGGUCACAGUUCACCCCUAAAGAGAAGAAUUUCAGAAACAGAUUCCAAUUCAGAUGGCAGUUCUGAUGAUAUUCAAAUUAUCAAAAGACCAGCACCUAGCAAUAUUGCAUAUAAGCCAUUCAAUAAAUUACUAGAAGGUGUUAAAAUUGUUAUUAGUGGAUUCCAAAAUCCUCACCGAGCAGACAUAAGAACUCGUGCCUUGCAGUUGGGAGCACAAUAUUCUCCUACCUGGACGGAUAGCUGCACACAUCUAGUGUGUGCAUUUUUGUAUACUCCUAAGUAUCGUCAAGCAGCACUAGAUAAUGCACUAAUUGUUACUCGUGAGUGGGUUGAUCAGUGCUUCCUACAAAGAAAAAGGCUUCCAUGGAGAAGAUUUGCCUUAAAUCCGUCUGAGAGGUGUGAUGAUGGAAGUGGUGUUGAAAUUUGGGAGCUUGUUCCUAAUCCGACCAGAGCUGGUUCUCAUAGUGAUAUUGGAUCUACUACAUCUACUACAUCUCCAGCCAGCAGUUCAAGAAGUGCGCCAAUACAUGUUAUUUGUAGUGGCCCAUCAGGUCACUCACCUCUUCUCUUCAGAUCUCCAAAUAAUUUUUCAUUGAUGUCUCCCGGACCCGGUGUCAAGAGAGAAGUGCCUGACAAUGGGGAAUGUUCAUCACCCCAACAAAAUGUACCACCUGACAUGCCUUGCCGUCAAGGAACACCCAGGCCACCCUUUUUACCUAAUAUUUGCAUCUCAUCUCAAAGGCAAGGGAUUACUGUCAAGACAGAAAUAAGUAGUGAGGAUUUGCAGGACAGUUGGCAGGAGAGUACAAAUAGUCAGCAGACCCCAUUAUCUGCUAGUUCUUCUUAUGGAAUAGAAAUAGGAGGACCAUCACAGUCUAGAAGAUCUCAAACAUCAAAUACAUCACAUCAUCACUUCUAUCAUCCUGUCCCAUCAGCUUCUAGUUCUAAUGGUGAUCAUGAACAAAUGAGAUCCGCUUCAGCUACCAAUGCCUCUAUGGAGGCAGGUCCAGAUGGUUAUGCAGGAUAUUACCGACCAAUUAGUCAACCCUGUGCAGUCCCUCACUCUUCUCCUUCUGCCACGUACUUAGUUCCUCCUGUGAUAAUGCUCCCUCAAACUCUACCACAGUACUUUGUCCCAGUUUCCCAACAGUUCCAAGCUCCUUCUCCAGCUAGAGAAACUUUCAUGGCUAGAACCAUACCUUCUACACAAGUGCAAAGUCAGCAUAUUCGAGUAAUACAGCACUCCAACAAACCCUCUACCACUGAGGAAGAAAGCCCGAAACAAACUUAAAACUUUACUGGUCUUACCUUUUUUUAAAAAAUUAUUUUCAAAUUGACAAUUUCUUUGUAAUGUAGAUUACUUUAAUUACUAUUGUAUUAAGUAAACUUUCUGUAGCAUGCAACAUUUUUGUGAAUCUAGUUUGGAUUAGUCUCUCCAAAAAUUCACCAAAGACUUCAGGUGCUGUUAUGUAAUACUCUUUAAUUAAGAUGAGUUGUAUAUGUAAUGUAUUUGAUUAGGGUGUAAGAUUUCUUUGUGAGUUUUUAUGGAGUAUCCUGUCUUCAUGAUUUUUAUUUCUAUCUAUUAUUUUAACCUUUGAUACUUUGAAUUAUAAAACUCAGAAAGAGAGAUUACUGCUGCUGUUUAUUGUAUGGUACAAUUGAUUAGUUUUUCUGACAAGUUAAAACAAUCAAAAUGUCCUUAUGUCAUUUUAUAGUACUUUUAGAAGAAAAUAAAAACAGCUGAUAAUAUUGAAAACAAAUAUCUUGAUA